UCAGACACUGGAGUUAUCGGCGAAGAAUACGAAGAAGCAGAAGUGUAGUUAUGAGCUGAUUUUAGGUGUUUUAUAUAGAUAAUGUAAAGUUGGAGAUGGGACUAUGAGCGGAGAAGUGCGGAUGUAGCUUUCUGCUCCUCUGGCUUUUGUCCCCGCAUUCUCCGAGAGAGAGAGUCGGGAUGUUUUCAACCAACAUGGAAACAAAAAGAGUAGAGAUUCCCUCCGGAGUCCUGGACGACCUCUGCAGCCGGUUCAUCCUGCACAUCCCCAGUGAGGAGAGGGACAACGCCAUCCGGGUGUGCUUCCAGAUCGAGCUGGCCCACUGGUUCUACCUGGACUUCUGCAUGCAGAACACUCCAGGAGCUCCUCACUGUGGGAUCAGAGACUUCGCCAAAGCUGUUUUCCAUCACUGUCCAUUUCUGUUGCCUCAUGGAGAGGAUGUGCAGAAGGUACUGGAGCAGUGGAAGGAGUACAAGAUGGGUGUACCCACAUAUGGAGCAAUCAUUCUGGAUGAAUCCUUAGAAAAUGUGCUGCUGGUCCAGGGAUACCUGGCGAAGUCAGGCUGGGGGUUUCCAAAGGGGAAGGUUAAUGAGGACGAGGCUCCUCAUGACUGUGCAGUGCGUGAAGUAUUGGAGGAGACGGGCUUUGACAUCAAGAAUCGUAUCUGCAAAGACAAGUACAUAGAGCAGAAAAUCACUGACCAGCUGGUGCGGCUCUACAUUAUUCCAGGAGUGUCAAAGGACACCAAGUUCAACCCCAAAACCAGGAAAGAGAUCAGGAACAUCGAAUGGUUUCCUAUUGAGAAGCUCCCGUGUCACAGGAACGACAUGACCCCGAAGUCUAAACUCGGACUGGCCCCCAACAGGUUUUUCAUGGCCAUCCCAUUCAUAAGACCACUGAGAGACUGGAUCAGCAGGCAGAGAGGAGAGUCAACAGACAGUGACGAGGACUUCAACAACAUCAACACUCCAUCCAAACCUUCAGACAACGCUCGGUCAAAGUCCCGCCGCCUCACAAGUACUGAUGUGUUUCCUGGGAACGGAUGGACAAAGCAGAUGCAGCAGAAGGCUGUGGGCCAGCUGAGCCAGUACGAGCUGAACCAGAACCCGACCAUAAAGGCCAAUGGGAAAAGAUGUCAGGACUCGCCUUAUGUGAAGAAAGGAGCCAAUGACACUGGAGCCAGCAACCAGCAGAAAGAAGAUAAAAGACUUCAACCCAGGAGACUGCAGGACAGUUUUGACAGAGACGGAGCUCCGUGCAGCUCUAACGGUCAGCAGACGGUCCACAGAGACUGUGAGCAGCUGCUCUCCUCCAAGACGUUCCUCAACUUCAGAUUCGACAGAGAUGCCAUCAUGAAAUGUUUUGACUACUGACGUGAUGAAGCUGAUCCUGUAACAAAGUCUAAUGAUGGCCUCAGAGAAUUUUACCUGCAGUCCAGACAAGGAUGUUGCUGAACACAACCUUUCCCUUGAUGCUUUGCUUGUCAUGAACACAUUCUCUAUGGGGAGUUGCUCUUCUGUCACUGAAGACACACAGUGAGCUUCACUGGAGCUGUUUGUCUUUCCAGACCUUUUUUAUAGAAACACCUCCAACACUGUCUUCAGUCUGUCCACGACAGAAACACAACGUCAUAUCUGAAGAGUCAGGACUCGUCUGAAGAGACGAUUCAGAGAGAACAGGAUGGCUCAGGUGAACAUGAGUCAACAGGUAAUGGUGAAAAGUCUCAGCUCUGACAUGUCAGUGAAUCAAUCUUCUUUAUGUCAGAUACUGAUUUUAAGAUGUAAUAAUUACACGUUGAUGAUAUCCUCCAGCUGAACGUCAGACCAGAAGGACGGUGUAUUGACAUGUUGGCUUCAUUAGUUCAGGUUUUUAUCAGGAGUUCAGUGUCGUAGAAUAAUGACCUGACAAAGUGUCAUCACAUCUUUGUCACAAGUCACAAGUCUGUGGCUGCUAAUGUUAUGUAUGAUGUUUAUUAAUGUUUGAAAAUUCUUAAUUAAGGCCAGAAAAUUUACAAAUGAAAUUCCAUCGAUCAAUAAUCCUCAGUGUGCUCCUCAGUACAUCACAGUACUGUGAUAAUAGAAUGAAUCAAACUGGUUUCAAUCUGAAUUUAAAUUCUGCUGUGAUGUUAACUUGUCUCUUUCUUGUGGACACAAAGUGAAGCAUCAUGGGACUGAUGAUCAUGAGAAACAAUGACCAUGAAAAGACCACGGCUGCUUCAGCUUCAUCACAAAUUAAAUGAAAGAUCUUUAUGGUCUGAGAGUUUGAAAGUGAAAAUACAAAGUUUAAUUAUAGUGUCAGUGUAAUCUCAGGAGCACACUGGAUCACUGGGCAGUUUUCAUUUUGACAGGAAGUGAGUAUUUCCCACCUCAUAGGUUCAUUUAAAUCUGCCCACAUUAAAGGAAAGUGAUGUUUUAAUUAAAGUAACUACUUAAAUUUAAUAUUUUCAGCCACAGACGUUCACAUACUGUUGUGUUGCCUUAAAGUGACCCUGGUUUUUAUCUGCUUCAGUCUGAUGAGUUUACAGGUUUAAACCAAAUUUUCAGUCAUCAGCUGCUCUGGUGUUUAGUUGCUAUGAAAACAUUCAGACUCUUGGUCUCUGGACCAUGAUGGAGGACCACAGCAUUAGACCACUGUGAUCAAGGUUCAGGUCCUCCACAGCUGAAACCAUACUGCAAACCACAGUCUAACAGUUCACAUGUCCUCCACAUGUGAGACGACUCAGUCUGGAUGGAGCUCUCCUCUCAUCAUGUUUGUCAUGUUACUGAUUGUACAGAAGGUGAAUUCAUGUCGUCCUCUGCUUCACUAGUGUUUUGACUCAACUGUGAAUAUUAAUAAAGUCUGUUUUUUCACUCCU